AUGUCGUCAUCUAGUCCAGCAAUCCCUGCCACAGUCGCUGCUUCGGGAAUGUCGGCAGCUGCCAGCGAGGAAUUCUGGAGCAACUCUGUCGAUAUCGUGUUCAACAUACAAUGGGCGAAAGAUCUCCAAAACAAGAUACAUGAGUUUCUCAAGAAUAACAUCGAAUGGUUGGGUAUUGCUCAUGACGGUGGAUCUGGACCUGCUGCUAGUAGUGGGGGUGAAGCUGGCGGGAAGAAAAUGCUUGACUUUGCUUGUGGUAAUGGAUUUCUGACGAGGGUCUACCAUCCCUUCUUCAUCAAAUGCGUUGGCGUCGACAUUGCGUCUGGGAUGAUCAAAAAGUACAACGAAGCUGCCAUUGAGCUGGGUCUAGGGCCGGAGAAAAUGUACGGCGUGCGCGGAGACAUAUUUGCGCCGACACCGACUAAAGCAGGUGAUGUAGUCGCAACCGCAGUCGUAGGCACUGACCUAUCUCGAGAAGAAUUCUUCAAUUUCGACUUCGUGGGAAUCGCCCUUGCGCUUCACCACAUGGAAGAUCCUGAGAGUACCAUUGUGAAGUUGGUGGAGAGAUUGAAGAGCGGUGGUACGUUUUUGGCGAUUGAUCGGGUGGAGCCGGAGCCGGGGUCGGAGUCAGAAGGGAAGGAAGGGUGCGGUUUCAAAGGGCAUCACCAUCAACACCACCAUUACCAGCAUCAUCACCAUCAGGAGGAUGGUCCCCAUAAAGGCUGUGGCCAUAAACAUUGCGCUGCAGCUGCAGACCACCUCAGCCAAGCCGCACAUACCAUUUCCCACAAGCACAACAAGUUCUCCCGUCAGCAAGUCAAGGACAUGUUUGGCCGUGCUGGGUUGACAGAUGUGGACAUAUUGGUCACGGACUGGACGGUGGAAUUGCCAAAUGUGCCAAAUGGGGUAAACAAGCUGUUCUUUGCAAGGGGGAGAAAGGUGUGA